CGGGUUCUUUUGGAAACAACUUGUGCCAAGAGAAUGGAGGGCGGCUGGGCGGACAGGGAAAUGGAGCAGGCGGCUUCCGAGCCGAAGGAGCGCGUCGACUCGGCGGAGGAAGGAGGGCCGCGGGAAGACCUGGAGGAGCAGCGGAAGCAGCUGUGCUUGGACUUUGCCUCCAUCAGUAAUUGUGGUGGUGCAGCCUCUGCUGAGCGCUACCUGGCCGAGAACGGCUGGGAUAUGCAGAAGGCGCUGAAUUCAUACUUUGACCCGUCUCCUGAGCAAGAUGUUGACAGGAUGUCCCAUCCAGUUCCCGCCACGGGGGCUCCGUAAGUUAUUUAUGCGAAGGCUCUU